AUGGCUCAAAUGUUGAGUUUCAUGAAGGACAUUAAGGAUGAGCAGGAAAGGGCUAGGGAAGCUCGGAAUCGGUAUGAGGAAAUGCCAAACGAUGGCAAUCCACUGUUAGGAUAUGUCCGAGGCCUUGACCCUCAUAAGUCAAACACCCACUCAUCAAAGAGGGUCACCAAAACCCAUGAAGAGGGAGAAGCCUCCCAUGAAGGAUUUAUUCCCGCCACCCAGAAAGAGGGGGCGCCUCGCACUGUUCGCAUCCCUACUAACAAUCCACCCAAGGAUGAGGAUUAUGUAGAUUUACAAUAUGGGGAAGUGGACGAACCAAAUCAGGAGUCCCAACAUAAGCAAACCCAAGCUGAUUCUGAGGAAAGUGCUAGAAAUAGUGGACAAAUCAAGGCGCUGGAAGAAAGGAAGAUGGCUGCUUACGCCAAUGAUCAAAAGCUAAUGAUGCAUUUCUUCCAAGACAGCCUGAGUGGGGCAUCUGUUGAAUGGCUUAUGCCACCUCCGAUUCCCGGAAAAGCUACACCCAAUUUUAAAGCUAAUGAAAGGUGUGAAUUUCACGCCAAUUCUCCUGGACAUACAUUGGAAAAGUGUUGGGCUUUUAGGCACAAGGUUCAGGACUUAAUAGAGUCAGGGGCAAUUGCUUUUGACAAACCUAACGUAAAGACAAACCCUAUGCCUCGCCAUGAUGGCACAAUCAAUGCAAUAGAGGUAGUCACCGAGCAAGAGUUUGUUCAACAACGGAGCUCCCCCAUAGAUGCCCUUAAGAGGUAUCUACUUGCAAAGGGGUUCAUCCUCGAACAUAACGAAGCCUUUAAGACAACCCUGCAAAGACUUGUGAAUCAAGGGGUAGUUCAAUUUAAGGAAUAUCCCGAGGAAGAAUAUGUGGCCAUGCUAGACAGGAAUGAACCAUUGAUGAUACCUAGGCAAGGGGCAAGGAAGACAUUGAUCAUCCCUUGCGCCAAAGCACCAUUGCUGAUACCCACACAAGUACACACCAGGAUCAUCCCGGUCAGAGAGCCAUACCCUAUGGACAAAAUGAAAGCAGUCCCUUGGGAAUAUGAGUCCAAUGCUAAUACCGACGUGACAAACAUCGUUGGGCCUGGGGGCAUGAUCCGUAGCGGUCGCAUAUUCAAUACUGCGAAACCAAAUGAGAACCUGGCACAAGCAAGUGAUCAAACUACUGUGGUCCCUACUGAAAAAAGCACAUCCAAAGACAAAGAAACCACCAACAAAGAUGCUGAAGAGUUCUUGGCGUUGAUUAAGAAAAGUGAUUAUAAGGUAGUGGACCAGUUGCACCAAACUCCAUCCAGGAUAUCACUCCUCUCGCUGUUAAUACAUUCAGAAAAACAUCGAGACACCCUGAUGAAAAUCUUGAGCGUUGCCCACAUAACUAAGGACAUCACUGUAAACCAAUUCGAUGGAAUGGUGGCUAAUCUCACUGCUGGGGCAUGCCUAAGCUUUAGUGAUCAUGAGCUACCCCCACAAGGGAAAGAGCAUAACAAAGCCUUGCAUAUCUCCAUACAAUGCGGGAAAGCCCAUCUAUCUAGGGUUCUGAUGGACACAGGUUCGUCAUUAAAUGUGAUGCCAAAGGCCACCUUAGACAAGAUAGAUUUGGAAGGACUGGUAAUAAGACCAAGCCGUCUUGUGGUCAAAGCCUUCGAUGGGUCGCAAAGCCCGGUGUUUGGAGAGGUGGACCUCCCUGUGGUAAUAGGCCCCCACACGUUCUGCAUCAAUUUCCAAGUGAUGGAGAUUGAACCUGCCUAUACAUGUUUAUUGGGACGUCCUUGGAUCCAUGCCGCUGGGGCAGUUACCUCUACUCUGCAUCAAAAGGUAAAAUUUGUGGAUGGAAACUCUAUAGUAACCGUCAAUGGGGAGGAGGACAUAUUUGUCAGCAAUCUGGACUCAUAUCGAUACAUUGAGGCUGGAGAAAAAGCAUUAGAGACUUCAUUCCAAGCGCUAGAGAUUGCCACUGCUGUCACGCUACCAAUUGAGAAAAUGCGAAGGGCGGUGACAUCCUGGAGAGACCUGCAAGACACAAAGAUGGAAGGCUGGGGCAAAGUUCCAGAAGUACAAGAGAAAAGAGAUCGUCUGGGGUUAGGAUACCAACCAACAAAGAAGGCUGCACAGGAAGAGCAACAUUUCCCUCCGAUCGCACAAACUUUUGUCACAGGUGGAUAUGAACAUAUCACCUUCUAA